AUGUUAUUUGUCUAUGUUCAGCCCCAGCAUGACACCAGCACCAGCACCAGCACCGGCCUCACCUAUGAAGAUGUCACUGCGAUUAACAGCAUCCUCAGCAACAUCGCGUCUGGGCCCAGGAAACUGCAGUAUAAAGUUACCAAACCAAAUGACCAAUACAUGAGCACAGACAUUGUCCUGGAAGCUGGUGCUCAUUUUCUUCUGCUGUUGCAUGAUGAUAAGGGUGAAUCAACCGUGGUACUGGACUAUGUCUUUGGCAAGUCCUCAACAAGCUCGAACAGCGGUACAUUGGUUACCUCGAAUGAUUCCGCACCCCAGGACGCACCAGGAUCCGUGAAGACGGCUUAUUCAAAAAAGGUUGGACCGCUUAGUAUUCAGAAUAUGGGACUGGAGUUGAAGGCAGGUCCGACGCUCUCGAUCCUAAUAGAUGCCUUGAUUGCCUUAGGGCCUGUGGAUAUGGCUUUGAUGGGCUUCAGUUUGAACCUAAACUUCAGUAAUGGAAAGACUCUGUUUGAUCUGCCCACUCCGAAGGUAUCGCUGGCUGGUCUUGGAGUCUCCUUCAGCCGCGAACCAGUCCUUGUGAACGGGAUGUUCGACAAGGACAAUGUGACUAACUCGUUUAUGGGAGCUGUCACCGUGAGCUACAAACCGUAUCUAUUUGAAGCUGCUGGAUAUUAUGGAAAAACUACUGGUAAUGAGAGAGAUUUCAGGAGCGUCUUCGUGUUUUUUGUGCUGAAUGGUCCUUUGGUGACUCUGGAGUUGGCUGAGACAAACAGCGUGACUGGUGGCUUUGGGUAUAAUACCGGCAUCACCCUCCCAAACGUCACUAAUGUACUCCAAUUUCCACUUAUUGACACUCCAGAUUUCACUGAUCCCGGCAGUGCUAUCAGCGGGCUUGUUAAAGGCGGCUGGUUCUGCCCCAAGGCAGGAUUCUUCUGGGUCGCUGCAGGCCUGACAGUUUUGGCCUUUGAGGUGCUGCAGGUCAAAGCCAUUGCAGUGAUUGAAUGGGAUCCGAAAGUGCAGUUGUCUCUCUUUGGCGUGGCCGUGGCCGAUAUGCCAGCAGGUGCCACGGACCAGAAAAAGUUCGCACAUGUCGAGCUGGGCAUCGUCUCGCUAAUGGAUCCCGAAGGUGGCACGCUCAAGAUUGAAGGUCAACUGUCACCGUCAUCCUUUGUCCUCGAUCCCAGCUGCCAUUUGACUGGUGGGUUUGCAAUAUGUAAGUGGUUUUCGGGAAACGUCGCCGACGACUGGGUUUUCACCAUUGGCGGCUAUCACCGAUCAUUCGACUGA